UUUAGAACACUCUGGAGGCAAAGACAGACUCAUUAUCAUCAUUGCAGAAAUAUGGCAACAGAUUCAUUUAAAGGCUUCAACACCACUGCAGCACCAGCAGUCCAGCCUAGUGGUCUCAGCAACAUGCAAAUAAUUACUGUUGUCAUUUUCUUUGUGAUAUUUGUGGUUGGGACUGUGGGCAAUGGUCUGGUCAUUUACGUGACAGGCUUCAGGAUGAAGAAAACUGUCAACUCUGUUUGGUUUCUCAACUUGGCCCUUGCUGACUUCCUCUUCACAGCCUUCCUGAUUUUCAUGAUCAUCUAUGUUGCCCGGGGAUACAACUGGCCUUUUGGAAAUAUCAUGUGCAAGCUCAACAACUUAGUGAGCGUAGUCAACAUGUUUGCUAGUAUCUUCCUCCUAGUGGCUAUCAGUCUGGAUCGCUGCCUCUCCACCUGGGUGGUGGUGUGGGCGCAAAACAAACGCACCCCUGGCAAAGCUCAGAUCGCAUGCAUUCUCAUCUGGCUAACUGCCCUAGCCUGCAGCAUCCCCUUUGCCAUUGCUCGACAGACUGUAGAAUUACCGGGAAGGAUUAUUUGUACCUACUCAGAGUCAAUGGAUAAACGGAGCUACAACAUUUUUCGCUUCGUUGUGGGCUUCUCCAUCCCCUUCCUAACCAUAACUGGCUCUUAUGUUGCCAUAGGUGUGCGUGCAAGGCGUCUUCAGAGGGGAAAGAAACGUAAAUCUCUCAGAAUUAUCAUUUCUAUCGUCCUUGCUUUCUUCAUGUGCUGGCUGCCCUUCCACAUAUCAGAGUUAAUACAAUGGGAUCUAUUGAGUCCAUCAGUCCUACCGUUUAGGCAAAUUGCAGUUCCACUGGCCAUACAUCUGGCCUUCCUCAACAGCUGCCUGAACCCGAUCCUUUACGUUUUCAUGUGUGACGAAUUCCAGAAGAAGCUCAAGCAGUCUAUAUGCUUGGUGUUGGAGAGUGCCUUGGCAGAGGACCGCAUGUCAUUUGUGUCAUCUCGCUCCAUGUCUUGGCAACUUUCACGUGUUUCUCGCAAGUCUGAUUCUGGUCCAUCUAUAGAGAGAAAGGGCACGUCCUCUUCCUUGGCAACCACAAACAGCAACACAAUCAUCACGGAUGAGAGAGAGACGCUGAACCCAGAAGCCGGCAUAAUUUUAGUGAAUUCAGAUGUGAAAAUGCCCAACCUGUAACCCAAAAAUGAGUAAAAGCAGCACUGAAGCCCAUAAUGCGAAAACAUGGCACUGGAACCCUUUUCUUGUCUUAAGGUAAUUUACAGAUUGGUACAAAUCUGAAUUGUGCAGAGUAAAAAUGAGAGGUUCAUACAUGUAAUUUAAAGGGAUUUUACAUUGCUAAUGUAUACUUUGGUAGCAUUCAUUGUAAUUGUUUAAUAUUUUGUAAAAUAUUGUGCCUGUAAAUACUUGUGAAAAGCAGUUUGUUUCUAUUGUGUGGAGUUUCAUUUUUUUUUUUUUUUUUUUUUUUUUUAAUUUCUACUCAUCCAUUAUGGUGUGGAGUUUGUCUUUGUAUAUAACGACCAG